GGCAUGUCAAUCGACGUGUAGACCAUCACGUUUGAAAAAAUACGUUUGAAAAAAAUACGGAGUUCUAGACAUUUCCAUAUUUCAUUACCCGUUUUCAGGUUGAGAUGCUAUGACAUGGUUCAAGUCACAAUGCUUUCGCAGUUCUUCUUUCUCAGUGAAGGUCUCCUUGCAAGAGACACAGCCAUAAUGAACCACGAUGGAGUAGCCAAGUCGUUCAUACUUUUGAACAUUCGCUUGACUGUACACGCCAAAAUUACGGUUACCAGAGGGAAGACGUUCCACUUUUUUCUGAUGAAUGGCAACGAUAUGGUUCACGGCUUUUUGAUUCGACUGAUACAACUUGUCGCAAUAAGGACAUGCUUUUUUUCAACAAAAUAAUGGUAUUCCGUUCGUUGCUGCGAUUUACAAUAUCACUAGAUGACAUAGUUUUUUUGUAUCUGUGGG